AUGAAGGUACAUACAGUAUUCAUACUUAAUAAGGCAGGUGGAUUGAUUUAUCAAAAUGAAAUCAAUUCAGGAUUGAAUAAACUUACAGCAAAUGAUUAUCUUGUAUUGGCAGGUACACUUCAUGGAGUUCAUGCCAUUGGAUCAAGAUUAACUCCAACAAUUCAUGGGAAGGAUAAAGCAUUAACUACAGAAGAAUAUAAUCUGAAUCAGAAUUAUAGUAUUAUAAAUACCGUAAAAGCACAGAGUCCAAAUACUAAUAGAUCAGGGUUACAAAGUAUUGAAACGGAUAUGUUUAAUUUAUAUAUUUUUCAAACUGUAACUGGAUUAAAAUUUAUAACAAUUACAAGUCCAAAUGGUACAAAUCCAACAGAUCCUAAAAAGGGUGGUCAUAGUGGAGAUUUGAAUAAGAAUUAUGAUAUUGCUCAUGAAUAUUUUAGACAAUUGUAUAUGAUUUAUUCUGAUUAUGUCAUGAAAGAUCCAUUUUAUUCAUUAGAUAUGCCAAUUAAGAGUCAAUUAUUCGAUGCUAAAGUUAGAGAACUAAUGGGAUAA